UCUGCGUCCCGGGGAGCAAGAUCUGCGCCCACGUGGAGCUUCUGCGGGCGCGCGUGUGUAUUUGAUCGCCUUUCCCCCUCGCCCCCUGCCCGCUUUGAACUUGCUCUUCACCGUGAACGAGGUACUGAACCAAUAAGCGGCCGGGGGCUUCCCGGAAGCGAUGACCAAGCGCCGAUCCCGACCGGCGGCCCGGCGCCACGGCACCAAGCCGGGCCGGCCGGCCCCGCGUGGAGGGCCGUCGGGGGCCGGCGCGGCCGCGCAGCCUCGCCGGGAGGCCGAGCUGAGGAGGCAGCGGCAGGAGGAGCUGCGUGAGCAGCAGCGCGCCGCCCGCGCCGCGGAGAAGGGCGUGCGGCGCAGCCUGGAGGGCCUCCAGUGUGAGGCGCUGCGCAAGCAGCGCGAGCACGAGCAGCGCGAGCUCACCCUGCGGGCCCUGGAGCAGCGGCCGCCCCCACAGCUGGAGCGUGAGGCCUCCCGCAAGGCCUAUUACCGCGAGUUCCGCAAGGUGGUGGACGCGGCCGAUGUGGUCCUGGAGGUCCUGGAUGCCCGCGACCCGCAGAGCUGCCGCUGUCCACAGGUGGAGCAGGCCGUGCUGCAGGCGGGCGGCGGCAAGAAGCUGGUACUGGUGCUCAACAAGAUCGACCUGGUGCCCAAGGAGCUGGUGCAAAAGUGGCUGGCCUACCUGCGCCACGAGCUCCCCACCGUGGCCUUCAAGGCAUCCACGCAGCAGCAGAGCCGCCACCUGCAGCAGAGCAGGGUCCCCGCCCGGCGGGCCUCGGCCGAGCUGCUGGGCACCGCGGCCUGCGUGGGCGCCGACUGCCUCAUGAACGUCCUGGGCAACUACUGCCGCAGCCAGGACCUCCGCACCGCCAUCCGCGUGGGCGUCGUGGGCUUCCCCAACGUGGGCAAGAGCAGCCUCAUUAACAGCCUCAAGAGGGCCCGCGCGUGUAGCGUGGGCGCCACACCCGGCGUCACCAAGUGCCUGCAGGAGGUCCACCUGGACAAGCACGUCACGCUGCUGGACUCCCCGGGCAUCGUCCUGGCUGCCCCCACCUCGGACACUGCCCUCAUCCUGCGCCACUGCCUCCGGGUGGAGCAGCUGGCCGACCCCGUGGCCCCCGUGGAGGCAAUCGUGCGCCGCUGCAGCCCUGGACAGCUUGCACGCCACUACGGCAUCCCCGACUUCAGCACCACGGGGGAGUUUCUGGUGCUCCUGGCCAGGAGGCUGGGGAGGCUGAAAAAGGGGGGCACCCCGGACCAGGAGAAAGCGGCCAAGGCUGUGCUGACCGACUGGAUGAACGGGAAGAUCAGCUACUUUACCCACCCACCCGAGACUCACAAGCUGCCCACUCAUAUCAGCGCAGAAAUCGUGUCCGAGAUGGGCAAAGCCUUUGACUUUGAGGCUCUGGAGCGGGGCAACAUGGAAGCCUUGGCCAGCAUGCCCCAGGGGCCUGUCAGCAUUGAGCAGAAGCCUUUCAACCUCACCAGUGAGACAGAAGAAGAGAUGCUAGAGGAGGAGGAGGAGGAGUUCUGGGAUGCCAGAGAAGACCUAGAGGAUUGCAUGGAUGAAGACAAAGAUCCGGAGUUUGGUACCAUAACCGUGGAGCUGAAAGGCAGCAAGAGCAAGAAGCCAACAGAGGUGGAACAGAAGCAACCCCAAGCCCCAAAACUAGAAGAAAUCUGGGCCCUGGAUCCUCUCCAUCAAGGGCAGGGCCUGGCUGCAGCCUGCAAGAGGAGGAAAAAGCUGCAGAAGAGAGCAAAUAAACUUGCAACAAAGCUGUCUGACAGCCUAGUGGCUGCAUUGGACUUAACUAUUGCAGAUGCAUGAACAGCCCGUCCCACCUGACCCUAGUGGAUGUGAACAAAAUUGAGAAACUAAUUUGGCCUAAAAACAGCAACAAAUGGCACUCUACAUGUUCUAACCAUGAGUGGCUCACUGAGUCAGGGUACCUGGGACAGGAACUGUCCCCUGGCCAUAGCUUGCCCCAGAAGAGUGGACUGUGAAGGGCAGACCUUAGGCCCUUUAAACACCAAUUAAAAAAAUCAGAGCCAGAGUUCACCUGAUUGGUGGCAGUGUGUGAGGAGGCUUCAUGUUGACUUGGGGAUAUGAGUUCUGUUCCAGGCCUUGGUGGAAAAGAACUAGUGAGUGGGCAAAGGGGAGUGAAUGGAGAGUUAAUCACUCAGGGAGGUAGAGGGAAUGUUCUUAAGAGCAGCUGCAAAGUGAAAUGAGGUGUGUAGAUCUCAUUAAAUAAUUUCAUCAGA